CUAAAUACAUUUAAGCCUCUCGCUAGUAAACAUCUUAACAAUUUUAUUAAAACUAAGAUCCGGUAAUAGAAUUGGUACAGUAUCUUUUCUCACAUUCGGUAUAGGCGUCCCUAAAACAUGGCAAUUAACACAAGUGAGAGUUCAGAUACUAAAGAAAAGAAUAUUGAUUUAGACUAUGUAUUGGUGAACGAGCUGGGCCAGUUUGGGCGAUUCCAGCUAAAAUAUAUCUGCCUCAUCGCAUUGCCGAUGAUGACAGCUGCCUUCUUCAGUGACUAUGUCUUCACAGCAGCUGCACUUCCACACAGAUGUCGUAUCCCUGAAUGCGGCGAGAGAAACAAGAGUGCGGUGUUCCACCCAGAAUGGAUAGCAAACGCGGUACCAGUCAUAGAAGAUGAAUCUGAGCUUGCAAGUUGCGAGAGAUAUGUGUCUGUCUAUCCUGGAUAUAACAGUUCCGUGCUAGAUUGCCCUAUAGACCUGUUCGAUCAUUCACGUACUAAAAAAUGUGACGGGUUUGUGUAUGGAGGAGAUAAUUCUGUGGUGUACGAUUUUGAUUUGGGAUGUGAAGAAUGGCUGAGAUCGCUCUCAGGAACGCUUAGCAGUCUUGGAACACUCCUGGUCCUACCAUUGGUUGGCUUCAUUUCUGAUCAUUUCGGCCGACGUAUGGCUUUACUCUUCAGCGUCUUCAACACUGCUCUUUUUGGCAUCUCCAAAGCCUUCUCGGUAAACUAUACAAUGUUUCUAAUUCUUCAACUUCUGGAGACUACACUAGGUGCUGGAUUAGCGAGUUCUGCAUAUAUAUUCGCUGCCGAGCUAGUCGGUCCCAAAUACCGCGUAGUUACCUCUGCCACGGCCUCAUCAGCGUUUGCCCUUGGUGAGGUACUGCUGGGAGCAAUUGCCUGGCUUGUACGCCCAUGGAGGACUCUCAUCCUCACUCUUUACAUUCCCGUUUUUCUCCUAUUGUCAUAUCACUGGAUUCUUUUCGAAAGCUUGCGGUGGUUAUUAGCUAAGCAGAAGUAUGAUGAAGCUAGAAAUGUGCUUGAAAAUGUAGCACAGACAAAUAACGCUGAAAUAAGUGCAACGUCCAUGGAUGCUUUAUUGAAUCCUCCCACAAUUAUAAAACACAGCGAACAACGAAGCCUCGUAGCAUUUAUCUUUCGUUCCCGCGUCCUAUUCAGAAGAGUGUGCACGACCCCAAUAUGGUGGAUGACCACAACAUUCAUAUACUACGGAUUAUCGAUUAACUCCACGAGUCUGUCCAGCACAAUAUAUCUAAAUUAUAUCCUUGCCGUUGCUGUCGAGAUUCCGGGAUUCUAUAGUGCAGUGUUAACCUUGGAUCGAUUUGGUAGAAGGAAAACUCUGUGUUGUGGCUUCUUUAUCAGUGCAGCAUGCAAUUUAGCUUUUAUUUUUAUACCAUUAGAUCUAUCUAUUCUUCGACUCGUUAUAUACUUAGGAGGGAAAUUUAGUAUAUCGCUAGUACUCGCUUCACUUUAUCUGUACACGUCAGAGCUCUACCCUACGGAGUUUAGACACAGUUUAUUGGGGUUUUCAUCAAUGGUUGGCAGAAUUGGAUCUGUUUGUGCCCCGCUUACUCCACUACUCACUGCAUAUUGGCAUGGUCUGCCGCACACAAUAUUUGCUAUAUUUGGAGCGUUAUCUGGUCUUCUAGUCCUAACGCAGCCAGAGACACUCUCAAAGAAACUACCUGAUACUUUGGAGGAGGCUGAAGCGAUUUGAAGGAUAAUUACAGAGUUCGAGGAAUGCUUAUAAUUAUUUAUAUACACACAUAAAUUAUUGGAUAGUACAUUUUACUUUCUUCAUUCUAUAAUUAUUAGUUAUUGCAGUUACAUAUUAUUAUAUAUAAUAAUAAUAUAAUAAAAAUGUGUAAAUAAUAUUAUAAUAGUAGUGAAUUAUAUUUAUGAUUUCUGGCGUUUUAAUCAAUCUAAAACUAAUGACACAAAGGUUGCAGGAAAUUAUUAUUGACAAAAAAAAUUAUUAGACUAGAUAUCUUGAUUUAAUCAAUAUUUAUUCAUCGUAUAUUGAGUAUUAAUUUAAAUUAAUCGUAAUCAUUUUGCGCUUACUGAUACAACCGAAGCACCUCCGUACUCAUUGUGGGACGGAAAGAGUCGGAGAUCGGGCGGUGUCGAUUUAAAAUU